AUGGCUUCGUACGAGACACGCGUAGUUCCAAAUAUCAAAAUUCUUCGAAAGCUUGAUCAUCCCAACGUCAUGAAAUUGGAAGGCAUAAUCACAUCUCGCUUAUCAUGCAGCAUAUAUCUCGUUUUUGAAUAUAUGGAACACGAUCUCGCCGGACUCUUAUCAUCUCCCGACGUCAAGUUUACUGCAUCCCAGAUUAAAUGUUAUAUGAUGCAGUUAUUGAAAGGAAUUGAUCAUUGCCAUUCACGAGGGAUAAUACAUCGCGACAUCAAAUCCUCCAAUAUUUUGGUCAAUAAUGAAGGUGUUUUGAAGAUUGCAGAUUUUGGUCUUGCGAAUUUCUAUGAUUCUAUGAGUAGGCAGCCAUUGACAAGCCGUGUGGUGACCUUGUGGUAUCGUCCUCCCGAACUUCUCUUAGGGUCAGCAAACUACGGGCCGUUUAUUGAUAUGUGGAGCAUUGGUUGUGUUUUUGGCGAACUUUUUGUUGGUAGACCAAUCCUCAAGGGGAGAACCGAGGUUGAACAAUUGCACAAAAUAUUUAAGUUGUGUGGGACUCCUCCCGAUGAGUAUUGGACAAAAACCCGUCAUCCUCUUGCAGCAAUGUUUAAACCUCAAUUCACUUAUGAAAGCAGUCUACGCGAAAGGUGUAAAGAACUCCCAAGAACCGUAGUCGACCUUAUGGAUCAACUUCUUUGUGUAGAACCCGAGAAACGUGUCACUGCCAACUCCGCCCUCCAAGCCGAGUAUUUCUAUACCAAACCUUACGCGUGUGAUCCUGCAAGCAUGCCUAAGUACCCGCCUAACAAAGAAAUGGAUGCAAAAUCCCGUGAGACAACACGAAGAAGAAAGUUGGUUGGGAGGGUUAGAUCUUCUGGGGGUUCAAGAAACCAUAGAAAAGUCCACUCAGGCAUUCCCGAGGGUCCAUAUCACAUGAGAUCACGAGAAUCCGUUUGUCCAAACGCAUCUCGUCAAACGUUCCCAGGCUAA